AUGUUCAUCGGCAGCUCGUGGCUUCACGCGCCGCCUCUACGUUGUUCAUAUUUCACCACUAUCUCUCCUGCAUCGUCGCAGCUCAACAACAACAAUCACUUACCGAUGUCGACUUCUGUUCGCAUUGCCGUCGUUGGUGACGUUCAUGAUGAUUGGAAUCUUGAAGAAGAUGCCAAAGCUCUUCAAUUUCUGCAGGUGAAUAUUUUUCUUCACAUUUUCUCCGCCUCCCAUUUUUCUGGCACUGAUUUUAGUGAACUUUCAGAUAUGUAA